AUGCAGUUUGUUUUCCUCAGAUUGGAAAAAUCGAAGUCCAAUGAUUAUCGUGUUGCUUACUCCAGUCAUGAAAACCUAGCAGAGCCAUCAACCACAUCACUGUCGGAGAAUAAUCCUGGGGGGAAAGUCCUCUCAUUUACUUCGUUAUCUUCUAUGCCUGAGAGCAAAAUAGGUAAGUUCAUUUAAUAUUUAAGUUCAUGUGGGAUGGCGUACAAUUUUCAUGAUCAAAAUAACAUAACAAGGAUUAGUUCAGACCAAGCCUGCGAGCAGGCUAAAUCACAAAAGUCUAGUCGCGAAUUAACCCUGGGUACGAGGUUGGCUAAAUCAGACUUACUGUAGUGUAAUUAUUCAACCUCAUCCCCAGGGACACAAGAGGGAUUGGGGACGGGGUUGUGUAAGACGAUUACAGACGAGCAAGAUUUUUAUAACAAGUUUGUACUGUGUGUACGUACAACAAAUUAUCUAUGAUAAGUUGUUGGUCUUCUGACCGGCACGGCAGCUAUCACUAGCUAUUCAGUACAACUGCAAUAGAUCGUUGACCAACCGUAUGCAAGUGCUCAAAUUAUUUUGUUGACCCAUACAGAUACUUUGUACUUCGCCAUUUCUUUCUAUGACAAGUACGUCAGUAUUGAAGGGCUGGCAUACUAGCUUUUGAACAAGUAUACUACUUCAGAUGGUAAAAAUUGGCAAAAUUUCUUAUACAGACGGAAAUGAGUGUAUAUGUCAGUUACAGAUGGAAUUGAGCAUAUACAUGUAUGUCAUUACCCUAACCCUUGUCCAGGCUAUAAUGUUCACUGUGUUUGGCAGGGUUUGUAACAAAGUUGAAAGUCCUUGAAUGCCCUUGAAUUUGAAAACAAAAAUUCAAGCGGCCUUGAAUGUCCUUGAAUUUUUAAAGAAGUACUUGAAUUGAAAGUUCUUAAAUUUUUCUUGAUUUAGUUCUGGAAUUUUCUGAAAUUUGCUUGACAUUCAAAAACACUCAUUGUGUUGAAUUGAAUUGGCAUGUUCAUAUCUGACAAAGCUGUUUGAAAUAAAUUGAAGUUGCGUUUUGAACAAUUCAAUGUCACUUUUUACUGAUUUCUAAUGGGCUAAAGCCCUUCUUUAGUCCUUGAAUUUCCUGGUACAUGUCCUUGAAUGCCCUUGAAACGCGUCCUUGAAUUUGACUCUUCCUGACAUGUACUGUACAAACCCUGGUUUGGUAGUCACAUAUCCCAUGUUACAUCCAAACAACAUUGAAGCCCCGUUUACACUACGCUCAAUUUUUGGUACGCCACGGAUAAAAUUGGUACCCGUACCACUUUUUUGGUUCUUGGACUACCUAUUUAGGUAGUUGCUCCGUUUACACUACGCUCAAUUUUUGGUACCGUACCAUUUUUUGGUUCGUGGACUACCUAAAUAGGUAGUCCAAGAACCAAAAAAGUGGUACAGGUACCAAUUUUAUCCGUGCUGUAAUAAAAAUUGAGCGUAGUGUAAACGGGACUUAAAUUGCAUGGGUGAGGAAAAACGAAUACAGGUUUGCGCAGCUUAUGAAUUUGAUCGCUCAGCAGUCUCUGGGGUCCUGGCCAAAAGUGUUCAGAUUUGAAAAGUAUUUACGCAGUAAUUCAUCUCUUCGGGUUUAUCAAAACAUCUUUUCACAACCAUAGAUUCCAAACAUGUACCCGAUAAUACUGAUCACCAGUCCUCUCAACGUGGUCCCUUGGCGUAA